AUGACCUUCAACGUCCUCAUAACCAACGCUGUCGACCUACAACAGCUACUCGAAGAGAACAAGAUCACGAGCACGCAGGUUGUCGAGAAAUACUUAGCACAAAUCGAUCGCUAUGAGCCUGCACUCAAUGCGCUGAUCUCGCCCCUCCCGCGGGACAAGGUCCUCAAGAUCGCCAAAGCUCGGGAUGAGGAGCGCCAGAAAAGGCAAAUCCGGGGCCCAUUUCAUGGAAUUCCCAUAAUUUUGAAAGACAGCUUUGUCACCGCAUCCGAGCUAGGCAUGAGCACCACAGCUGGAUCAUAUGCGUUCGUCGGAGCUAAGGCGUCAAGGAACGGGGCUAUCACUCAGCGGCUGAUUGAUGCUGGCUUGAUCAUAUUGGGGAAGGCAAACAUGACCGAAUUUGCCGGUAUGAAAAUGACCAUGAUGAUGCCUGGUUGGUCUGCUCAUGGUGGUCAGACUCUGUCGCCGUAUGUUGGGAAAAUAGAGGAUAACGAGAAGAUACUUGGACACUCAGCGCCUGGGGGCUCAUCCACUGGUUCUGCGGUCGCUGUGGCCGCUGGGUUUAGCCCUCUUGCCAUGGCUACUGAGACUAUAGGUUCCAUUGUGACUCCGUCAACACGCGCCGGUCUGUAUGCAAUAAAGCCUACUAUUGGAGUUCAGGACACUACUGGGUUAUACACCAUGACAGAGUUCUUCGACAGUCCGGGCCCUAUGGCAAAAUCAGCAGCUGACGUUCGCGUUCUUUCUGAGAUUCUACUUAGUCGCCCGUUUAACUCCCCCAAAUUUGGUUCCUGGGAAGGUCUGUCGGUGGGCUUCCUGGACCCAAAGGUUUGGAGCCUGCCACUAGACUUUUGUACGCAAUUUGAGGGCACAGUAGAGCAAAUGGUAGAUGAGUACGAAGAGACGGUUUCCGCUCUACGAAGCAGAGGCUGUUCUAUUAAGUACUCAAUUCAUUGCAAGGAUCCCUCAGUCUUACCGAAUACCAUAUUGCCAAUCGCAUACUGGGACUUUAAGAAUAUCUGUAUCCCAAAAUUUAUUCAAUCGUUUGACAAGUGCUCUGUAACAAGUGUUGCAGAUAUCGUCAAGUUCAACAAAGAAAACAGCAAAAAAGCCCUUCCAGCUCCAUUCACCGAGCAGAAUGAUCUGGAAGGGGCAAUGAUCACCACUUACAGAAAGGAAGAAAUAGAUGAACUGGCACAGGACCUUCGUAGGGCCGCAAGAGAUAUUCUGGAUGACCUAUUCGACAAGGAAAAAAUCAAUAUCCUGGCAGCUCCGGGAGACUCCUCAUUAUGUGUUCAUGCUGCUGCUGCAGGGUAUCCUAUCGCCACAGUCCCGAUAGGACAACUUCGCUACAAUGACCGGCCGUUCGGUCUAUGUCUGGUGGCCAGGAUGGACGAGGAGGAAACUCUAUUGCGGUUCAUGGAAGUUUACGAAAAGGUUGCCAAGCCUCGUCCGGUUCCGAAAUUUGAAUGA